CUGCCAGCGCACAAAGAAACCUACGCCACCCACAGCCAUGAUCGCCGUGAGCAGCAAGUCCUUCCUCCUCGCCCUCCUGGUUCUGGCUGUCGUCUGCAGCAUGGCAGCCGCCCAGUUCGGCUUUGGACGUGGAGGAUUCGGAAGGGGCUACGGCGGCUACGGUGGCUUCGGCCGCGGAUACGGAGGAGGCUUCGGCCGCGGACUCGGCGGAGGCUUCGGCCGCGGAUUCGGCGGAUACGGUCGUGGAUUCGGAGGCAAUGGACGUGGAUUCUACGGCUGAUUUUAAAGUUGGAUUGUAGGAAUUACGACAAAACACUGCCGAGGACAGCGA